AAUAAAUUUUCUCUCCAAAUAAAGGAAGAAACUUCGUCGUUCUUGGACGUUUCUUCCUUUUCUUUCUGGGUUGUUUUGUUUGUUUUGAUCUCCCAUUUUCAUCUUGUUGUUCUUCAUUGUUUGCAUCUGCUAGGGCUCGCUUCCAUGGCUAAUCUUGAAGAAUCGAGCCCUCUUAUUGCCAACCGAGACGACGGAGAUGCCAACGACAGUCACGCUGAGACAGAAUCGAAGUCUGUGCCUUUGGAAUCGGGAGAGAUCGGUGUUGGUAUUGGUGUUGGAUGGACCGCCGAUGGGCUGCCGUUAGGUCACGGAAGUGUAGUCGGGGAGCCAGUGGCUCGUGGUCCUUGGGCUUCGUCUCUCUUUGCUUGCCUUGGCCGGAAUGAUGAGUUCUGCAGUAGUGAUCUUGAAGUUUGUCUCCUUGGAAGCGUUGCCCCUUGUAUGCUCUAUGGAAGCAAUGUUGAGAGACUAGGCUCUGGUCCAGGGGCUUUUGCGAACCAUUGCUUGUCUUACACUGCAUUGUACUUCCUUGGAAAUUCCCUCUUUGGUUGGAAUUGCCUGGCACCCUGGUUUUCAUAUCCCAGCAGAACUGCAAUCCGCCGUAAAUUCAAUCUUGAGGGUAAUUGUGAGGCAUUAUCCAGAUCAUGUGGGUGCUGCGGAAGUUUCAUGGAGGAUGACGAGCAACGAGAGCAGUGCGAGACAGCAUGCGAUUUUGCAACUCACUACUUCUGUCACGUAUGCUCCCUCUGUCAGGAAGGACGAGAACUUCGCCGUAGACUUCCUCAUCCUGGGUUCAACGGUCGACCUGUGUUGGUCAUGAUACCUCCCAUGGAACAGACAAUGGGACGUUGAGGUGCAUGAGAUUGUUCUGUUUGAUAUGUUUAGCCUGUCUAUACUUUCUAUCAUUGAUAUGUGGCAGAUUAUGAAAUUUUAGUUGUGUUAUGUAACUUAUGUUAACUGGUUAGGAGAGCAACGCUUGGUUUGCUCUGUCAAACAAAAAUAAGAUUUGUUAAUAUGGGAGAUUUGCCUGUUUGUGAUUCACAUAUUGCAUUUCCAUUUCAAA